AUUCUGUUAUUUCACGUUAAAGUACGUACGUGCGCUGCGAACGGAUUGUGAACGGAGUGUGUGAAAUUGUUUAACGUGUGCCGCGUGUCAAAGAAAUACGUAAAAAAUUACACACAAAUUACACACAUACGUACAUACAUACAUACCAUAUGCAAAUAAUAUCUUAGUCGGUGUGUUUGUAAAGUUGCAAAUAUUUAAAAAUAUUUUUUAAUAAUAUUUAUGCUGAGUGAUUGUUUCAAAAGGUGCUUUAUUCUUAGACUGAAAAUAUAAAUAAAUAUUUUAUAAAUUUUAGAAAUCUAAAUAAAAAAACAUUCAUUCAGAGGUCAAUAUUCCCCCUGCACCAACACCAACACCGCCUCCUCCGCCACCGCCACCGUUCGGCCUGUCACAGUGUAUGUCAAAAUUACACGUACGUGCCUCGUCAUAAACGCGCCCUAAACGAGGCAUUCAAGCGAAACCACAAACCAAAAAAAAUAAAUUAAUAAAUAAGAAAUAAAUAAAAGGCACAGCCAAAGAAAGAAAGUAAUUUUAUAGCUGCAAAUCCUUAAUUGUUGUAUUCUUAAUCAUAUACAUAUAUUUUGUUUAAUUCGUAUUGCAUUUUGCAACUUUUUGGCGCGUAACGCAAAAUGAGAUUAUAACGUGCACAAUAACAACAACAAUAUUAACAACAACAUCAACAAGAAAUAUAAGCAACCACAUAUAAUAAAUGUUAAGCAGCUGCAAUUAAAAUAUUUAAUGAAUUUAUUACACAAUUAAGAUACCAGCAACAGCAGCAAAUAAAAAUAAAAUAAAAAAUAAAAAUUAAUAUGCCGUUGGCGUGAAAGUCACAAUUCGACGCAUAAAACCCCAUUGAAUUAUUAAUGAUAUAAAUUACAAUCAAACAAACAACAAUACAAACAAUAUCAAACAACAACAACAGCAAUAACUACAACAACAACUGAAUAUCCGAAUAUUCAACGGCUUAAUAAAGAGCUACCAACAACGAGGCGCAGGCGCCGCUUUUAACACGAGUUGGCAGCACGCCACACAGCCCAGUUAAUUGGCCAAGUUCGCCUCGACUCGCCGCUCAUUUGCAGCUUAUAACUCAAACACCUCCUCAACCAAAGAACCAGCCGUCAAAGUGGAUUUAACAAAUUAUAAUAAAAUGCUGCAAUCCAGCAAUCAUCAUUACCUGAGGCCGGAUUAUAUGACAGCUGCCGCCGCCCCAACAGCGAUGGACAAUAAGAGCAGUCCGUUGGCGCUAUUGGCGCAAACAUGCAGCGCCAUCGGUGCGGAUACCGCAAAUCCAAAGCUGCUGGCGGCAAAUAUUGAAAAGUCGACAAAACAACAGCCCAAAAGCAUCGCCAUGGGCAUGGGUAAUGGCAACGGCUUGGGCAUGGGAAUGGGGGACAACACACGCGAUAAAUCCUCACCAGUUAGCAGUCAUUCAUCCAGCGUUAGCACCGGCUCCGUGGAGCAACAGCAGCUGCCGCCGGCUCACAGUAAAACCCCCAGCACCUUUAAGCCCUAUGAGGCCAACAAUAACGACUGCGGCGCCACAAAUCUCAGCAGCAACAGCAAUAGCCACAACAACAACAACAACAACAACAACAAUAGCAACAACAGCAACAAUGGCAACAACCAACGCGUUAAGACGCCCAAAGCAACCAAUGGACAACAACGUUGCGAUUCGAACCAAAGUGCCAGCAGCUCACACCGCGAAUCGCCAAAUGCUCCAAAUGCAAACGCCGGCUCCAUGGGCAACGCCUCCCUCAGACGCACCCCCAACACAGUUGGCUCCCAGCUCAAUGGCAGCCCGGUGCAAUUAUCCGCGCCAGUUCACAGCAAUUCCAAAGAGUCCGCAGCUUUGCAUAGUCCAAGUGCCGCUGCCGCAGCCGCAGCCGCCGCCAAUUCGAGUCGCCUCCAGGAGGCAGCCUAUGCGGCUGCCAAGGAAGCCAGCUAUGUGAAGGCGCUGCAUGCGGCCAGCCAACAGGCGAAUUCCUCGGCGGCAUCCUAUUAUCCUCAAGGCUAUGGAUCUCCGUAUCCCAUGGACUUGAUGACAGCCAGCUCGCUGAUGUCACCACAUCAUGCCAUGUUCAAGGCAUCGGCCAUGAAUCCCUAUCUGAACUAUGCCCGUCUCAAAGGCCUGACGGACCCAUCGGCCAUGAUGGCCGCCUCUCCGAAUGUGUGUCGGGAUCCCUACUGCACCGGCUGUCCGGCCAGUCCGCAUUACAUUAACAAAGCCGCCGGGCAACCCUGUCCGGCAGGUUGUCCACAGUGUGAGGUUGCCGGCGGGGGUAAGUCGGGAGGAGGCUCUGGCGGUGCAGGUGGCGGGUCGAGUGCAGCGGCAGCGGCUGCAGCAGCUGCAUCUUCAUAUCAUGCUCAGUUGGCGGCACUGGCAGCUGCCUCUCAAUUGCCGUACGUGUGCUCUUGGAUUGGCAGCGAUGCGGCGUAUUGUGGCAAGCGUUUUGGCACCUCCGACGAUCUGUUCCAGCAUUUGCGAACACACACUGCCUCCGUGCCGGACGCUGUGCUGAGUGCGGCAGCAGCAGGGGGCAUACCACCGAAUCAUCCGCUAUUCCAACGCACCUAUCCGACUCCGCCGCUGAGUCCACUGUCUGCGGCGGCACGUUAUCAUCCAUAUGGGAAGCCUUCGAUGCUGCCACCAUCUCUGGCACCUCCAGGACUGCCAGGGUUGCCACCACAUCCCGCAUUGGCCCAAUACUUUGCACCCUACUCGUUAUACGGACCUCGCAUGGGCUCAUCGCAUCCGUAGUAAAUGUAGAACAAGUCAGCGGGCGGGAAAUGGGGCGAGGGGGCACUGGGGCUAGGGAGGGAAGGGGGAUGGAGGGUCAACUCACUCGUGAAACGAAAAGCUAGUGAUCUAAUGUACGUUAGUUACAUACAAAUGUUUAAUAUUAGCUUUAGGCUCUAACGCAAGUUGAAAAGAUUCUAUUCAAGGACCUAUACUUAUGUAUGUCAGACAACCAUCAGAGUCUGUCUCUUCGUAUGUCCCAUCUACUCGUAAUGCUUAUGGUAAAUUUAAUAUUAUUUAUUUAAUUCAAAGAAAAAGAUAAACAUAAACAUAACAAAAA